GUAAAGUUCAAUUAACAAUAGCACCUCAACUAAAAGAGGCUUCAUAACGUCCGUAAGGCGAAUAGAUCCGGUGGAAGGUCCAGUUCCAGUUGCGUUGAAUUGGUCCGAUCCAUCUUUGUGCUUUGGUAUGGUUUCGUAAUGUUUUUCUUGCAAACUCUGCUCUUUUUUCCUCAUCGGCAUCUUUGACACCACGACACAAUUUGUGCAGAAUCUUGAGACUUGGAUUUGGGCAUGCGGUACCUCACCGAUUUGUGCACAAUAUGGAUUGGACAUUCUUUCAAAUUUCUUUUGCAGGGAUUGUAUUGAGCAUUCCUUGAAAUUUCUUUUGCAGGGACCUGUGUGUAGCUGUUUAUAAGUGGACUGAACAAUUUUUAGUGUGGAUUCAUAGAAAGUAACAGGGAUGGGGAUGGCAUAUGCAGGAUUAGAUAAUGAGCAGGAAAAAGGAGGGGCUAUGUUAAUUGACUUUGGAGCACCAGACACAGUAGAGCAAAUCAAAAACCUCACAGAUGUGAGUGCUAUGAAACGUUUCCUACAUGAAUGCAUUGCAUAUCAAAGGAACAUUGAUGCAGAGUUGGAAACUCUACUAUCACAACGCCAUGAGCUGGAGAAGAAGCUAAGUGGUCUACAGAAAUCUUCUGAGGUACUGGAGAUUGUGAAGUCUGAUUCAGACCAAAUGCUACUAAGCGUAUGUUCUACUUGUGAUCUUGCUGAUCAUGUCAGUGGCAAGGUGAGAGAGCUAGAUCUUGCACAAUCACGAGUUCAGUCCACUUUAACAAGAAUUGAUGACAUUGUGGAAAGGGGAAAUUGUAUUGACGGUGCUAAACAGGCACUUGAAUCUGAGGAUUACGAGGGUGCUGCCAAAUAUGUGGAGACAUUCAUGAAACUUGAUGACAAGUAUGGUGAUUCUAAUGUCAUGGGUUCAGGAGGCAGGGAGACUGCAACAGAGCAGACUAACCAGCUUCUGGAGUCUAAGCAAAAACUGGAGAGUAUAGUCAAGAAAAAAAUCUCCUCUGCCAUUGAAGAGAGGGAUCACCCUUCCAUUCUGAGAUUUAUCAAGCUCUUCCCUGCUUUGGGUCUCGAGGAAGAAGGGUUGCAGUUGUAUGUUUCAUACCUAAGAAAAGAUGUUGCUUUAAGGUCCAGAUUAGAGUUUGAAGGUUUAAUGGAAAUGGCAGAGCAGUCCAUGGGGCAAGCAGGGGCGCAGACCCAGGCUGACUUUGUUGGCUGUUUGACAAAUCUUUUCAAGGAUAUUGUGUUGGCAAUUGAAGGGAAUGAUGAGAUUUUGAGGAGUCUUUGUGGUGAAGAUGGAAUUGUACAUGCAAUCUGGGAACUGCAGGAAGAAUGUAAUUCAAGAGGUUCUGUAAUUUUGAAGAAGUACAUGGAUUAUAGAAAACUAGCAAGGUUAGCAUCAGAGAUCAAUUCACAGAAUAACAGUUUGAUAUCAGUAGUAGGAGCACAAGAAGGGCCGGAUCCCAGAGAGAUUGAAAUGUACCUGGAGGAAAUACUUUCAUUAACUCAGUUAAGUGAAGACUAUACUCAAUUUAUGAUGACCAAGUUGAGGGAAGUUGGAUCUGUUGAUGCCCAGCUGAGUCCUCGAGCUACCAACACAUUUAGAAGUGGGGCAUUCAGUCGAGCUGCAAAGGAAUUGACAGGGUAUUAUAUUAUCCUUGAGGAGUUUUUCAUGGUAGAGAACGUGAGGAAGGCUAUCAAGAUUGAUGAGUUUAUUCCUGACGGCCUCACCACUUCAAUGGUGGAUGAUGUAUUUUAUGUUCUGCAGAGUUGUUGCAGAAGGGCUACAUCUACUUCUAGUGUUCAGUCUGUACUUGCAGUUUUUAAUGGAGCUAUUAAUGUGCUGAAUAACGAGUUCACAGAGGCUUUACAGAGGAAGACAAGAGAACCAAACCUCGGUAGCAAACUGUUUUUAGGGGGUGUAGGGGUAUCCAAAAUAGGCACAGAAAUUGCAACUGCUUUAAAUAAUCUGGAUGUUAGCAGUGAGUAUGUUCUGAAGCUCAGACAUGAAAUUGAGGAGUAUUGUGCAGAGUUAUUAUAUCCAUCGCAGGCAUUUCCUGCACCAGCUGAUAGAGAAAAAGUCAAGUCAUGCUUGUCUGAGCUAGCAGAAACAAACAAUGCCUUCAAACAAGUACUAAAUGCAGGCCUGGAGCAGUUAGCUAGCAGCAUAACACCCCGUCUCCGACCAAUUUUGGAUACUGCUGCCACAAUAAGCUACGAGUUAUCUGAAAUGCAGUAUGCCGAAAAUGAAAUUAAUGAUCCAUGGGUACAAAAAAUACUGCAUGCUGUAGAGCUAAAUGUUACUUGGCUGCAAACAGCCAUGACAACAAAUAAUUAUGAUUCUCUUGUGCAUCUGAUCAUUGACUUUAUUGUUAAAAGAUUGGAGGUGAUAAUGACUCAGAAGAGAUUCAAUCAGUUGGGUGGCUUACAGCUUGAUCGAGAUGCACGAACUCUGGUGGGUCACUUCUCUAGUAUGACACAAAGAACUGUUAGGGAUAAGUUUGCACGACUUACACAAAUGGCAACUAUCUUGAACCUAGAAAAGGUCUCAGAGAUUUUGGAUUACUGGGGAGAGAACUCUGGGCCCAUGACAUGGAGAUUAACACCUGCGGAAGUUCGAAGAAUUUUGAGCUUAAGGGUGGAUUUCAAACCUGAAGCAAUUGCUGCUCUGAAAUUGUAAUUUCCUUUGCAGUUGAUAUUGUUGGAAUUUCUGUGGCACAUUUUAGAAAUCUUUGUCCUCAUGCAUUUAAAAAGAAGAUACGUGCUUGAUUGGUCUCUUAAAUAAAAUGAUAUUGUCUUCAGACAAAAAUGCUACAUAGAAAAAUUCUAUAUGUGAAUUGUCAUGACAGAGAAAACUAUAGAUUUUUCUUGACAAAAUAUUCUAUCAUGCUCUCCAUAUAUUUUGGUUUAA